CUAUUGUUUAACGACGAGGAGAGUGUAUUUCCUCUUUUACGAACAACCCUUUUUGGUGAUGAUUCGCUACCUUGUGGUAACGAGAUGGCAGUUGUCGGUAUGGAUAACGGAAUUAGACUCUGCAUUUCUUGGCUUGCUUACGAUUUCAACAUAAAGAGAUUUGAAGGUACUUGUGAGAUCUCGGCGAGACUGAAUUUGAUGAAGGCGGUGGAUAAGACAUGUUUUUUAUUGAUCGGAGGA